AUGAGUAGGUUCCUCAUAACUGAACCUUUGUCUUGGCUGUCGGAUAUAGACAAUGUGACAGGGGGCCAGUCAUACAACUUGGUUCUACAGCCUGUUUGGGACUACCUCCAUCAAAACCACCAUGACUUGCUAAGGAGUCCUCUCUUCCCUGUGGUCCUCUCAGUCACCACAUACUUUGUCCUGGUUGGUAUCUACACCAUGCUGGACCUGCUGGCUCCUACCUGGCCUUGCAUCAAUCGUUACCGACUGCACCCAGACCGACCUGUCACCUGGCCAAACAUCUGGAACACCCUGGGUGUCACCAUGUACAACCAUCUGUUUUUCAUCUUCCCUGCUGCUGUGGCACAGUGGCUGUGGAGGCCACCGACCCCUCUGCCCACUGAAGCACCAACUCUCUGGAGCUUCUUCCUGGGCAUCCUGGGCUGCAUGGUUGUCUUUGAUUUCCAGUACUACCUCUGGCACCUCCUGCACCAUCGAGUUCCUUGGCUGUACCGCACCUUCCACGCCGUGCACCACCAGUACAACCAGCCCUUCAGUCUGGUCACGCAGUAUCUGUCUGGCUGGGAGUUGUUCAGUGUGGGGUUCUGGGCCACGGUGGACCCCAUCUUGCUGCAGUGUCAUUGCCUCACAACAUGGACUUUCAUGGUCUUCAAUGUGUAUGUUUCUACAGAGGACCACUGUGGCUAUGACUUCCCCUGGGCUACACAUAAGCUGGUGCCCUUUGGCCUUUGGGGUGGUGCCCCCAAGCACGAUGCUCACCACCAGCGUCCUGGGACCAACUUUGCCCCCUUCUUCUCGCACUGGGACUGGCUGGGGGGAACCCACACAGUGACAACUCCCUCCAGCUCAAAUCUGGGCGAGCCAGACAAGAGGAAAGACUGA